CUGACUUCUGAGCAUAACUGUCAUCGCCAGACGGCGAGUUCUUCUCUGUGUUUAGCCCGUUUACAGAAAAAAGAUUUUUUUUUUUGUUUUUUAUUCACUUUCUGUAGACUUUUGUCCCCGACGUUGCAAAAAAAAUAUUACAUUUUUGGUGGAUUGUAUUCGGAAAGUUGAGUCGAUCAAGCCCUUUUUGGGACUGGGGCUUUCUCACAUUGAAAACAAGAAGGGAUUAUUUCUCCUCGGACAUUGUUCAUUGUUGGAUUUUCUCCGGAGUGAAGCGAAGAGAUCAGUCGAUUUCCGUCACUCUGAAGGAGUAUACCCUGUUGUUGGUCGGAUUUUGGUUAGGGUUUCUUAGUAAAUGGACAAGAAGAAGAUGGGAGUUCCGCUGGUGUGUCACGGGCAUUCUCGUCCCGUCGUCGAUUUGUUUUACAGCCCGGCGACUCCAGAUGGGUUCUUCCUCAUAAGCGCAAGCAAGGAUGCUAAACCAAUGUUGAGGAACGGGGAGACGGGCGACUGGGUAGGGACCUUUGAAGGACACAAGGGAGCUGUGUGGAGUUGCUGCCUUGAUAAAAAUGCCUUCCGUGCUGCCUCUGCUUCUGCCGAUUUUACCGCGAAAUUAUGGGAUGCUUUGACGGGAGACGAAUUGCACUCCUUUGAUCACAAGCACAUUGUUCGUGCAUGCUCCUUCUCUGAGGAUACACCACUUUUACUCACUGGUGGAAUGGAGAAAAUUCUUCGGAUAUUUGAUCUGAAUCGGCCGGACGCACCUCCUAGAGAAAUUGACAAAUCCCCCGGUUCGAUUAGAACAUUGGCAUGGCUUCACAGUGAUAAGACUAUCUUAAGUUCUUGCACAGACGUUGGCGGUGUUAGGCUUUGGGACACAAGAACUGGCGACAUCAUUCAAACCUUGGAAACAAAGUCGCCGGUUACUAGCGCGGAAGUAAGUCGGGACGGGCGAUACAUAACCACUGCCGAUGGAUCUACUGUAAAGUUUUGGGAUGCGAAUCAUUUUGGACUGGUGAAGAGCUACGAGAUGCCUUGCAGCGUUGAAUCGGCUUCCUUGGAACCGAAAAAGGGGGAGACAUUCAUAGCGGGAGGGGAAGAUAUGUGGGUCCACGUGUUUGAUUUCCAGACGGGAGAAGAGACGGGGUGUAACAAGGGGCAUCAUGGGGCGGUGCACUGCGUGAGGUUUGAGCCGGGAGGGGAGUCGUAUGGGUCUGGUUCGGAAGAUGGGACCAUAAGAAUCUGGCAGCUGGUUGGUGAGUGAAGCGGCGGCCUUGCCUACUGCUGGGGAGAAAGGCCUCCCAUGCCCAAGGAAACCCGGAAAUAUCCUUCUUUACCUUGUCCUGUUGAUGCCGUGAUACUGAUACCCUCCAGAAUGAAUAAUACGGACAUGCCCGUGUGCUCUGUACGUAUUUGGACAUGUUUUCCGGUUACAGGGCAUACCGUAAAUAAAUUCGCGACAGUGACGAAAGCUCCAUCUUCAGAUAUUGGGUUUGGACCCACCCCCU